CCAGCCCCUGUACACUUAGCCUUAUGCACGUAUCUGCCCAACCACGCUGGCACUCAGCCUCCCUGGCCCACCUUGGACAUUCCCCAUUGCACACCCCUGGCCACUCCUUUUGCUCUCGGCUUCCACCACUUCUUCCUGGGCCGUACUGCCAGCCAUUCACUCAUCUCAGAGUAGCCACCUUGCCCUGUCUCACACCUCAAACCCACCAUGUCCUUGGGGUCACUGAAAUUCCAGGCCGUGGGUGAGGAGGAUGAGGAGAAUGAGGAGGAGGAGGAGAGCUUAGACUCCGUGAAGGCGCUGACGGCCAAGCUACAGCUGCAGACACGGAGACCCUCGUAUUUGGAGUGGACGGCCAAGGUCCAAAGCCAGGCCUGGCGCAAGGCCCAAGCCAGACCUGACCCCAGGGGACCAGGGGCCAUCUGUGGCUUUGAUUCAAUGGAUGCUGCGCUCAAAUGGCUCCGUCGGGAACUGAGGGAGAUGCAGGAUCAGGACCGGCAGCUGGCAGGGCAGCUGCUGAGGCUGCGGGCCCAGCUGCACCGAUUGAAGGUGGACCAAGCCUGUCACCUGCACCAGGAGCUGCUGGAUGAGGCCGAGCUGGAGCUGGAGCUGGAGCCUGGGGCCGGCCUGGCCCUGGCCCCCCUGUUGCGGCACCUUGGCCUCACACGCAUGAACAUCAGCGCCCGGCGCUUCACCCUCUGCUGAGGGCCACCUGGGUGCCUCGAGGGUGUCUCAGAGGCACACUCAGAGCUCUAAGGGCUCAACUGAGAGUGCACAAAACCCCAGC